AUGAAGUGUAUGCAGAAGGUGGUAGAAUCACAGCGCACAGGAACUACGCCUGGUGAGACGCAGGAGGAGCCAGGCCCGGAGUCACCCCACAGUGCCCGGAGCCUCCAGGUGAUGCAACCACCAGAUGCACACAGGACAUCAGAACAUCGUCGGGUUAAGUGGCCCCAAGCUAGCAAGGAGAAAGAGUGGCUCCAGUUUGAUGAAGAUGCUGAUACCAUCUUGGAUACAACAGCCAAAGGGGAAGCUGAUCGACGCCUCAAGACGAUGACCACAGUCAUCAUCAGCCUCGCUGCAGAGAGGUUUGGAUUUGAGGAGAAGCGGGCAGCAAAGCCCCCCUACAUCAUGAACAAUAGAGCGAGUAAAAUCCAGCAGCUCAGGCAGGAACUGAAGAGUUUAAGGCGGCAGUUCAAGGUUGCAAGUGAAGAGGAUAGGGGGCCUCUUGCGGAGCUACGUUGUAUAAUCCGCAAGAAGCUGAUGACCUUGAGGAGAGCAGAGUGGCAUAGGAGGAGGAGGAAGGAAGGGUCCAGGAGGAGAGCUGCCUUUCUGGCAAAUCCAUUUGGAGUCACAAAACAGCUGCUAGGACAGAAGCGAAGCGUUAAACUGGCCUGCUCCAAAGCUGAGGUCGACCACCACCUCAAGCAAACCUACAGCGAUGGAUGUAGGGAGCAAGACCUAGGCCCCUGCAGGUCCUUGAUCAAUCCACCAACACUAGACUUCGAUGGGAAAGAGCCGGGCUGGAAGGAGAUCCAGGAGGUGGUCCGAAGGGCAAGGACGAGCUCUGCUCCAGGGCCCAGUGGAGUACCUUACAAGGUCUAUAAGAACUGUCCAAGACUACUCUGCAGACUCUGGAAAAUCCUGAAGAUGAUCUGGAGGAGGGGCAAGGUAGCAGACCAGUGGAGACAGGCAGAGGGUGUGUGGAUCCCAAAGGAGGAAAAGUCUCAGAACAUCAAUCAGUUCCGAACCAUCUCGUUGCUGAGUGUUGAAGGGAAGAUCUUUUUCAGCCUCAUUGCCAGGCGACUGACAGACUACCUCCUGAAGAACUCAUACAUUAAUACAUCAGUCCAGAAAGGAGGGAUCCCAGAGGUAUCUGGAUGUCUGGAGCAUACAGGCGUGGUAACUCAGCUCAUCAGGGAAGCCAGGGAGAACAAGGGGGACUUGGCUGUUCUGUGGCUGGACCUCGCAAAUGCCUAUGGAUCCAUACCCCACAAGCUGGUCGAAGAGGCACUGAACCGGCAUCACAUCCCAAAGAAGUUCAGAAACCUCAUUCUGGACUACUAUGCCAACUUCCAUCUGAGAGUCUCCUCCGGAAAAACAACCUCCGACUGGCACAGGCUUGAAAAGGGGAUCAUCACUGGCUGUACAAUCUCAGUCAUCCUCUUUGCACUCGCCAUGAACAUGCUGGUGAAGUCUGCAGAAGUUCAGUGCAGAGGGCCCCUCUCCAGGUCUGGAGUCCGACAGCCACCCAUCCGAGCCUUCAUGGACGACUUGACAGUGACCACUACAUCUGUCCCAGGCUGCAGGUGGAUCUUGAAUGGCCUUCAGGAGGUGAUUUCCUGGGCUCGCAUGAGCUUCAAGCCGGCCAAGUCGAGGUCCCUUGUGCUAAAGAGAGGGAAGGUUACUGGCAAGUUCUGCUUCUCACUUGGCACCACCAAAAUACCAUCACUCACCGAGGAACCUGUGAAGAGCUUAGGAAAGGUGUUUAAUUGCAGCCUGAGAGACGUAGCCUCCACAAAAUCGACCAACCAAGACCUGGAGACCUGGCUGACCGUGGUGGACAAGUCUGGCCUUCGUGGCAAGUUCAAGGCCUGGAUUUACCAGCACGGGAUUCUCCCCCGGAUCCUCUGGCCCAUCAUGGUGUACGAAGUCCACAUUUCAACGGUGGAAGGCUUUGAGAUGAGGGUCAGUAGGUUCCUGCACAGGUGGCUGGGACUGCCGCGAAGCCUGAGCAGCAUUGCUCUAUACGGGCACAAUAACAAGCUGAAGCUCCCCAUCAGCAGCUUGAGCGAGGAGUUCAUGGUGACACGGUCCAGGGAACUCCUACAAUAUCGGGAGUCCAGUGACCCAAAGGUUGCCCAGGCUGGGAUUGAAGUCAGGACGGGGCGUAAGUGGAGAGCUGCCGAGGCUGUGGAUGUCGCAGAGGCAAGGCUACGGCAAAGGGUGUUGGUGGGAACAGUGGCACAGGGGAGAUCUGGCUUAGGUAGCAGAAGAACACCUCGCUAUGAUAAGGCGCAGGGGAAAGAGAAGAGGUCACUGAUCCUCGAGGAGGUGCGAGCAGGAGUUGAGGAAAGGCGAGCCUGCCAGAUGGCGGGAAUGCGGCAACAGGGCGCCUGGACCAGAUGGGAACAAGCAGCAGAGCGCAAGGUCACAUGGACCGAGCUCUGGAAAGCCGAACCCCAUCGGAUAAAGUUCUUGAUCCAGGCGGUCUACGACGUGCUGCCAAGUCCAUCCAACCUCUUCACCUGGGGGAAGGUGGAGACACCAGCGUGCCCCCUCUGCCAGAGGAGAGGAACCUUGGAGCACAUCCUAAGCUGUUGUCCGAAAGCCCUGGGUGAAGGGCGGUACCGCUGGCGACAUGACCAGGUCCUGAAGGCCAUAGCCGAUACCAUCUGCAGGGGAGUCAGUCACAGCAAGAGCCUCCGCCCAGUGAAGAGCACCGCUUUCAUCAGAGCUGGGGAGAAGUCAACACCGGCUGCCCGGAACACCUCUUCUGGUCUGUUGGCAACAGCACGCGACUGGGAGCUGUCAGUUGAUCUGGGCAAGCAGUUGAAGUUCCCUGACGUGGUUGCCAAAACAACACUAAGGCCAGAUAUUGUGCUUACCUCAGUUGCCUCCAAGCAGGUAAUCCUCCUGGAGCUCACAGUGCCUUGGGAGGACCGUAUGGAGGAGGCCAAUGAGAGGAAGAGCGCAAAGUACUCUCAGCUUGUGGAGGAGUGUCGGAGCAAUGGGUGGCGAGCGAUGUGCCGGCCCGUUGAAGUGGGAUGUCGAGGGUUUGUGGGCAAAUCCCUCUGCAGGGCCUACAGAAUGCUUGGCAUCACAGGGGCCAGCCAGCGAAGGGCCAUGAUGUUAGCCACAGAUGCAGCAGAAGUGGCAUCAAGGUGGCUGUGGAUCAGGAGGGGAGAGGCGUGGCAUGUAGGGCAGUAGCGCUACCUGGACACAGGCUGGGGCCUGAUCAACCCUAGCUGGGUCACCUAGGGGAGGGGGUCUGAUUGUUGAAAGACCCGAAACCCCCUGUGAUCCUAGGUUACAUCACUGAGGAUGUGUCCAGUUGCACCAUUGGUGUAUUUAAAAAAUUCAAGAAAAUGUUUUUAAUUUAUUUAUCUUAU